AUGUCUGAUGAUCAGAUUGACCAAAUUGACUACAUUGAGCUUAUUGAUCUCUGUAAAUGCAAUAUUGAUAGUUUGAAUCCCAUUUAUAAUCUUAAAACUUAUGACAACCAAGAAAUAAAUGACAUUUAUUCUUCAAUUAAAAAUAAUCUUAUUGAAACCCAAAUGAUUUCCCCAUUAGAAGUCAUUCAUAUAAUUGAAACAGCAUCUAAAUAUCAUGUACGGUAUUUAAAUUCAUUUUGGGCCCUAAUAAAAAAAUUUAUUGAUGAAUAUCAUCCAAAACUUGUUAAAUUCGAUUCAAUGAUUCUCAAUUGGCUCGUUUACAAAGAUUAUGGGAUCAUUUUUAAUCAAUCAGAUCUAAAUCGCUUUAAACAAUUUUCAAACAAUAAUUAUUCAUUGAAUGUUCAUGAAGAAAACACAAUUUAUAGGGCUCUUAUGGAUGAUGACAAAGAAUCAUUCAUACCAUUUACAGAAAUUAAAGGAUUUGAUGAAAAUUUCCAAUUUUCAAAUGAAUUUUAUCCUACUAAUGAUUCUGGAUAUUCAUUUCUUGAGUUAUGCUGCUAUCAUGGAUCAGUUAACUGCUUUAAAUUUUUAAGAUCAAAGUAUAAUUCAAAGAUUACUGAAAAAUGUCUUCAACUUUCAUUUUUAAGUGGAAAUCCAGACAUCAUGAGUGAAUGUUUGAAAAACAAAACACCAGAUAAAGCUUGUAUGGAAUAUGCAAUAAUUUCUCAUAAUAUUGAUUUCGUUACUUAUUUAAUGAAUGAACAUAACUUAGAAAUUGAUUCACAGGAUUGUAUUAAAUAUCAUAAUAUUCAAGCAUUUUUGGUUUACUUGGAUCACACAAAAGAUAUCAAUCAAUGUUUUGUUAACAUGAAAUGGUUAAAAAUACCAGCACUUUUCGAAUAUUUAAUAGAUCAUGGCGCGAAUGUUAAUUUUAAAAAUAAAGAAGGUCAAACUGCUCUUCAUAUUGCACUGGAAAAUAAUUCUCAUGAAAUUGCAGAAUUACUUAUUUCUCACGGAGCUAAUGUUGAUCCUCUAAAUAGAUCUAGAGAAACUCCUCUUUUCUAUGCUUUGAAAAAUGAUAAUUUAGUAGAUAUGGAAUUUCUUAUUUCACAUGGGGCUGAUAUUAACAGGAAAUUUGCAAAUGAUAAGACAUAUAUUCAUUUUGCAAUCUCUCACAAUUUGGAAGUAGUAAAGUUACUAAUUAAAUACGGCGCAAAAAUUAAUGCAAAAGAUAAAGAAGGAAAAACUCCUCUUCACUACGCAGCCCAAUUUUCUGAUAAAGAAAUGCUGAAAUACUUGAUUUUACACGGUGCAGAUCUUUAUGCAAAGGAUAAAUAUUCUAAAACAGCUCUCAAUAUUGCUUUGGAUUUUUAUAAAAAAGAUAAUGCUGAUCUUCUGAUAUCAUAUGGAGCUAGACCUUUUAAUCAGUCAAACACAAAAAUAAAAAGAUACUCAUGA